ACUAGAACAUAUACUACUUUACUUCGUAGGCAACAAGUCAGUCCAUGGGACAGACAGCAUAUCUAACAAUUUCUCUUUCUUCGCAGUUCUGACCUGCAUUCGUGAGAAAAACGACUUGCUCAAUCAGCGAUGCUAUUCUACUGAGGUUCAAGCUGGGAAACACGCUACCCUGGGAGCUGAAGAAGUAAGCGGUCGCAAAACCGGAUUCCAAGAUUUCUUGAAUCCGAUUGGAAAACGCCUAGUCAUUAGAAAAGCUUGCUAUUCCAAAACUAGAUCUGGAGGCAACAAAUGUUCGCAAGAUGUUGAAAUUUUACCCUCCACCUCGAACACUAGUGUCAAUCAGGUAGACUUGGAAAAAGGUGUCCUUGAGGUCAAACAUCUUACCAUCAGUAACCAAGGCAUGAUUUGUACUGGCUGCGAAAAACCCCUCCCCAAAGCUCUGACUUCAAUGCCAGCGGUUUCUAAUGUCAAAGCCAGCCUUGUUUUGAGUCGAGCAGAAUUCGACAUUCGUGCAAGUUCAGCCGAUAUCAACGUCGCCGAAACUAUCAAGUCUCUUAAAAAAACGACUGGAUUUACUUGCUCGAAGAUGACAUUGUCUGGACAUGAGCUUGACCUUAUCGUGGAAGACCCUACAGUCUUCAUAGGUAAAAAAGGCCUAGCAUUUGGAAUUUUGGGUAAUACUCUACACGAUUCUCGCACUGUUCGAGUUACCUAUCACCCAGAGGCUCUUGGCGCAAGAGAUUUGAUGAGCGGUCCAUUUUUUGAAUUGGCCAAGCUAGCCCCCAUGGUAGACCUUCCUCUCAUCACACCUGGUAGAGCACAUCUUCGCUUGAUGCUCUUCAAGACGCUGAAUAUUCCUGUGCUUAUCAUGGCAUGGCUCGAGCGCCAUGAUAUCCAACACAUAUCCUUAACACAAGAGUUUUUCACCAUGAGGAUUGCCCUCCCAGCGAGAGAAACCCAACCUGGCCAGACUAGAUUGGAAUACGAUUCUCUGGAGAAGGUUUUAUAUGCACCACGUAACCCACGAAAGGCUUCUCAUAACAGGCGUCGUAGGAGACCAGAGCCCAACUGGACCGCAUCGCAAGCGACAAUGACGAAGCUAACAUAUAUGUACGGAUAUCCAGCGUGA